AUGGCUGUGAUGAUGUACUUUUCCACCACGCCUACCGUGGUGACCAUGCGACUCUCGGCGGCGCAGCACGAGCUGGACAUCACCGGCCGCGUGGAAGGCGUGGAAGAGGAUGUGCUCAAAGGCGAGAACUCGCUGAAGGGCCAGGCCAGGAGGUACCUGACGCAAGACGCGACGUACCUGGUGGUCAUUUGCUUUCUCAUUUGCUGCCUGGAGCAAGACAACUUUUCCAGGGCUGCCAAAUAUCCCUCGCCGGACAGCGACGGCAUCUACACGGACUUUGGCUUUUUCAAGGUGCUUUUCGAACUCCUCAGCGCCUAUGGCACCUGUGGCUUGAGCCUGGGAUUCGAGAACCAGACCUUCUCCUUCAGCGGUGUGUGGAGCGAGGCGUCCCAGAUGCUGCUGGUCUUCACCAUGCUCCUGGGCCGGCUCCGAGGGCUCCCCGACUCCAUCGACGCCUCGGUGCGGGUGGCCAUGGUCGCAGAGGAGGCCAAGGAGGAAGACUGCGACUUUGUCCGCUUUUGA